CAUACACAAAAGUGUUUUUGCAGGACUGGUGACCCCAUCAGAGUCUUGUUCUCGCUGAGGUUUCCACACAACACUACAACAAUGAAUUUCCUCCGGAGACGUCUGUCAGACAGUAGUUUUGUGGCAAAUCUGCCCAAUGGCUACAUGAUGGACUUGCAGCGUCCUGACAACUCCACAAGCUCCCCAGUUUCUCCUGCCAUGGAGAGAAAGCACCCACAACCACCGCAGCCCUCGCAGUCUUCCUCUACUGGCACCAGCAUUUUCAGCUCCAUCUCCAGUGCCAUGAAGCAAACCACACAAGCAGCUGCAGGACUGAUUGAUCAUUCAACAAGUACUACACCACCUGUGGCUCAGAAACCCAAGAUCCUCCUGGUUAUUGAUGAUGCACACACAGAGUGGGCCAAGUAUUUCCAGGGGAAGAAGGUGAAUGGAGAAUUUGAUAUCCGUGUGGAGCAGGCUGAGUUCUCUGAGCUGAACCUGGCUGCUUAUGUCACCGGUGGCUGCAUGGUGGACAUGCAGGUCAUGAGGAAUGGCACCAAGGUGGUAAGUAGGUCCUUCAGACCUGACUUUGUCCUGAUCCGACAGCACGCCUACAGCAUGGCACUAGGAGAGGACUUCCGCAGCCUCAUCAUCGGUCUCCAGUAUGGUGGCAUCCACACGGUCAACUCCCUCUACUCUAUCUACAACUUUUGCAGCAAACCAUGGGUGUUCUCUCAGCUCAUUAAAAUCUUCAACUCGCUGGGUCCCGAGAAGUUCCCUCUCGUGGAGCAAACUUUCUUCCCGAGCCAUAAGCAGAUGCUCACGACUCCGAAUUUCCCUGUAGUGGUCAAGCUGGGACACGCUCAUGCCGGAAUGGGGAAGGUCAAAGUAGAGAACCAGUAUGACUUCCGUGACAUAGCCAGCAUCAUAGCCAUGGCAAAGACCUACGCCACCUCCGAGCCAUUCAUCGACUCCAAGUAUGACAUCCGAAUCCAGAAAAUUGGCAACAAUUACAAAGCUUACAUGAGGACGUCUAUCUCUGGAAACUGGAAGGCAAACACAGGUUCUGCAAUGCUGGAACAGAUUGCAAUGACAGAGAGGUACAGACUGUGGGUGGAUGCCUGUGCGGAAAUGUUUGGAGGUCUUGAUAUUUGUGCUGUCAAAGCUGUCCACAGCAAAGAUGGAAAAGACUAUAUCAUUGAGGUAAUGGACAGCUCGAUGCCCCUGAUUGGGGAGCAUGUGGAAGAGGACAGACAGCUGAUAGCCGAUCUGGUUGUUUCCAAAAUGACUCAGCUUGUCAGCACUGCUGGAUCUACCCCAUCACCACUGAGACCUUGGCCUCCACAAGUUCAGCCUCAGACAAUGAAAACUCAGCCUGGACCUCAGCUUGCACAACUGUCUCAGCCACGGCCUCCUCCCCAAGGUGGACCACGCCAGCCUCAGGCAUCUCAGCCUCCACGGACAAAUGCACCUCCGCAGCAACGGCUCUCUCCUCAAGGACAGCAGCCUCAGAGUCCCCUGUCCACUUCACCUCAGCAGCAAAGGUCACCUGGAUCUCCACAGCAAAUCCGAUCGGCAGCUGGAUCCUCUCCAGUCCAGGCUUCCAAGGCAGGCGUGUUCCCACCACAGCAGCCCAGACCUCCUGCCCAAGGCCGGGCUCCGAGCCAGCCAAGCCCCACCGAAACGUCCAAGCAGCAAGCCACCCCACAGCCACAUCUGAACAAGUCGCAGUCCCUGACAAACACCUUCAGCAUAUCUGAGUCAUCUCAGAGGGGGAAUGCCAAUGAAGAUGAAGCAAAAGCUGAGACCAUCCGCAACUUGAGGAAAUCAUUUGCUAGCCUGUUUUCCGAUUAACAGCCCUGCAGCUGGGUUUGUGCUUCGGCCAGCCCUCACUCUUUGUACAGCAAAUGUCAUAUUGGAAUAUACUCAGUGGUA